AUGCUUUUUUUCCCCUCACAGCUCAGAGACGAUAACAAAAAGCUCCACCCUUGUUUGGUGGACUUCCUGAGCCUGCCUGAGCCGGAGAGGAACUACAACCUCCAGAUGUCUGGAGAGACUCUCAAGACUCUCCUGGCUUUGGGUUGCCAUGUUGGCAUGGGUGACGAGAAAGCAGAGGAGAAUCUGAAGAAGAUCAAGCUGCCCAAGACAUACGUGAUGACCAACGGCUACAAGCCCGCCCCCCUGGACCUGAACCACGUCAAGCUCACGCCAAACCAGAACCAGCUGGUGGAGAAACUGGCGGAAAACGGUCACAACGUCUGGGCGAGAGACCGGGUGCGACAAGGAUGGACCUACAGCAUCGUGCAGGUGGCUUUUUCUACCUCCUUUAUUUGUUUGGUGGAUCUAAUCUGUUUAGAUUAA